AUGUCUAAUUCAUCUAACCUAACGUAUCCAUGUAUACCAGGCAACACUCUCUGUGAAGUGCUUAUGUUUGAAGUAGAGCUGAUCGUUGUUCCAGUGCUGUUUCUUGUAGCUUUUCUUACCGUACUGAUAGUCUUGCUCGUGCUCAAAUUCUCCCACAAGCCAUCACAGUCUUAUCAACUACAGAAAUUUGAAAAGCAUGACACAAACCACCAUAAUAACACAAACAGACAUGGUAACAACUCCAGACAGCACCUGCAAGGCAUUGAUGCACCACCAGACUUCAACCCAAUGGAGCAUGAAAUUAUCCCAAUGACAGCUCAAAGUCACACAGACAUGCAGAAUUGCACAUCUGCAGUACCUCAGAGCUCCACAGAGAGGAGUCGUGAUAUCUUUCAGCUGAUCUCUCCACUGCCACUUUCAUUCUCUGUAAAACAUCACAAGCCUUUCACUUUGUACAGAGGUGUCAUGGACAGAGAGCCUGUCAUUUUACGAGUGCUUAAAGAAUCAGCUGAUUCCAGAGAUCGUGAGUUUUUUCUGGACUUUGCCCGCUUCCUGACAGAGCUUGGCCCUCAUCCAUCUUUGCCCAGACUGCUGGGGCAGGUGACUGCUGAGAUGCCUCAGAUGAUUGUGCUGGAGGAGCUGGAACACAAAGACCUGUUGAGCUUCCUGUGGAGGUGCAGACAGGACCAUCCGGGUCAAGCAGCACCAUGUGACCUGACUGAAAGACGAAUCUUUACCAUGGGUGCUCAGAUUGGAUCUGCUCUGGAGUAUCUACAUAGUAAAGACUGCAUCCAUGGCAAGGUCAGAGCUCAAAGCAUCCUGGUUGAUCGGGACCUGUCAGUCAAGCUGUGGGGGUUGGCGCCAGCAUUUCGGAUGGCGACGGAAGCGAGAUUUCCACUGGAUGGCUUGGAAGAUCUAGAACUCAGGAAGUGGCAAGCUCCAGAGGUGUUGGCACGGAAACCUAUGUUGCAAAGCAGUGACAUAUGGUCGUUUGGCAUCUUGAUGUAUGAAAUAGUCACGUUAGGAGAGGCUCCAUUUCCAAAAGUUAUGGCGAGUGAACUUCUGCAGUAUUUACAAAGAGGAAAUAAAUUGAAAAAAACACCAAACUGCUCUAAAACACUAUAUUCUAUUAUCGAGAGCUGCUGUCAGUGGAGACCAAAGGAACGACCAUCACUGACUGAGCUGGUUCGAAAGCUCCAAUCAGCCGAGAGAACAGCAGAUGAUCGGACAGUGAUACGAGUGUCAGAGCCGCUGGACAUAAAGAAAUACAUGAAGGAAGUGGGCUAUGCAGAAUCAGUCAUCAAUGCUGUGCUCUAAUUCUUUGUUUGUUAUUGAAGGAUCAUUUAUCAUUGACAGAACAA